GCAUCUAAAAAUAUUUCUUCUGUAUUACAGAUGAUAAUUAAAAAUAUGGCUCCCCUCCGAAGCUCUGCUGUGCUGUUGUUUUUGGCUUUCUCAGUAUCACUGGCUAUUGCAGGUAGGAUUAUUGGGGGUCAGGAGGUCCAGCCAUACUCUGUCAAAUAUCAAGCAUCACUGCAAGACACAAAGGGGAAACACUAUUGUGGUGGAACCUUAGUGCACCCUCAGUGGGUGGUGUCUGCUGCCCACUGCUGGAAACCAAGCAGCUUAAUGAGGGUGGUGUUAAGUGAACACAACCUGAAAAAGGAUGAGGGACUUGAACAAAAUUUUAAUGUGUCAAAGAUAUAUCGCCACCACUAUGAUUAUAGGUCAUUCGACAACGACAUCAUGCUCAUCAAGCUGAGUGAGCCGGCAAAGGAGAAUGCCAACGUCCAGAGAGCUCAACUGCCUGAUGACAGCACUCCACCCCUCCAACAUCACCAUCUGUGCACAGUGAGCGGCUGGGGUGUGACACAGAUUUACAGUUACUACCUCUCUCCGGCGCUUCGUUCUGUGAAUGUCAAUAUAAACAAUUACUGCCGCUACUACUACUGGGGUAGGAUCACUUCAAACAUGCUGUGUGCUGGAUCUCCAAUGGGUGGCAAAGAUUCUUGCCAGGGGGACUCCGGUGGUCCCCUCAUCUGCGAUGGCUAUUUCGAGGGCAUUGUGUCCUGGGGUAUCAGCUGUGCAAACGCAUAUUUCCCAGGAGUCUACACCAAAGUGAGGAACUACGUCCCUUGGAUCAACUAUGUAAUCAACAAUGACAGAUAGGCUUGGAGAUUAAUUUUCAAAAACAAAAAGCUGAUUCACCAGAUAAUUUCCAAUGGGCUUUUUCAUUACUCAUGACUUUCUUUGUGUGUAUGUCUGAUUGUUAACUUCUUGCAGUUAGUUUAAUUGCAUUUCAUAAUUUUGGGGUAUGCUAUUAAGAAACAGGGUUAUCAGUCAUAUAUUAAAAUGCUAAUUCAUUGAUUUUAAUUUGUCAUGUUUGUUCUGAUAGAGAAAUGAGAUUAAGGAAUACAUUCUGUAAUUGUAUUAUUCUAAUAUGUGUGUGUUAUUGUUAGAAGUAAUGGCAGUAAAACAGAAUUAUUCAGUAGAGCUAGGCAAUAUGUUUAAAAUAAAUUCCAAAGUUGAGUUAUCACUAUUUAUUGAUAUAUUAUUUCAGACAUCACACCAAAAUAGUGGCUGUAUACUGACUGUUGAUACUUUCCUAAUGUCACUUCCAGCACUGAAUAUAUGAAUAAAACAUCUGCUGAGACAUUA